AUGGGAUCUUGCUCCUCAAAAAAAGUAUAAACACAUCAUACUCUGCCUCUCAACACUUAGACAACAUGUGCUUACGCUCAUUCUCGAAUGACUUGGGCAGAUAAAUGCAUACAGCAACCAAAAGAACGAAUAAUUCAACCCUACGACCCUAACAGUCUCCAACAUUAGUAUAAUGUAGAAGUAGAAGGCGUAAUUUUUGACAUCAUAGCCCCUCCAGACCUUUUGGAUGAUGAUAACUUAGAACCUAUUGAAGAAGAAGAAUGAGCUUGAAUUUUUUUGAUACCCACUUCGUAUCUAUAUAUGAAAUUUAA